CUCCUGGCCUGCCGGCGACCAGUGCCGCCCGCUCCUCCUCCCCACCCUCCUCGCCCGCGUCCCCCGCGCGCUCCUACCCCGCGGUGACCCGGGGGCCACCCCGCACCCCUUGUCGGGCCUGGACCUGUUCCCCACUCGCCUGCUCCCCACCCCCCAAAAAUAGCAGAGGACUGCCGGCAAGCAGCUGCCCAGAUCUCAGUUGUGAAUUUGUAGUUCGGGGAUGAGACUAUAAACUGUAAAAGUUAGAGGAGUUUAGAAAAUAUCGGCGUUCUGAGAGCGGGACGCCAGAGCAGUACGGUGUAAAAGCUAAAGGAAAUUUCCCACAGAACGAGGUGGUCAUCGCCCCCAGCCUCACUCGAAACUCACAAAAACACAUUCGGGUGGAGCCAGAGGAAUUACAGAAAAGAAGCUGAGGACUUUGGAAGAGGGUACAGAGGGUUAAAGAUUGGUCUUCAGAAGCCAACUAAGCUUGGUGUCUGAAGCACUCAGCGCAGAGACAGGAGCCCAGGCUGCCUCGGUAGCUCCCCUCCUGCCCCGCAAUCCAAUUUACCACGGGAAAGUUGAGAUCCAGAAUCGGUGGCUUGUCCACAAUCACACACCUGAUUCUGGGCAGAGCCAGGAUUAUCAGCCCAGAACGCCAGUUCCUAAGCAUCAUUUAUAAACAAUAAAAUAUAGACAGCCUCACCAUGAGCGGGGAACUGAUCAAGAAGUAUGUGGCAGCCAUGGUGCUGAGUGCAGCUGGAGAUGCCUUGGGGUACUUCAACGGGAAGUGGGAGUUCCUCCGGAAUGGGGAAAAGAUUCACAGGCAGCUGGCCCAGCUUGGCGGCUUGGAUGCCAUAGAUGUGGAGAGGUGGAGAGUCAGUGAUGACACGGUGAUGCACCUGGCCACGGCAGACGCUCUCCUGGAAGCCGGCGAAGUCUCAGACUUGGCUCACCUGUAUUCCAUCCUUGCUAAACAUUACCAAGACUGCAUGGGAGACAUGAACGGCCGGGCGCCAGGGGGCGCCUCAAUGCAGAACGCCAUGCUGCUGGAGCCAGACAAAGCCAAUGGCUGGAGGAUUCCCUUUAACAGCCAUGAGGGUGGCUGCGGGGCUGCCGUGCGGGCCAUGUGCAUCGGUCUCCGGUUCCCUCACCACAGCCAGCUGGACACCCUGAUCCAGGCGAGCAUCGAGAGUGGCCGGAUGACCCACCACCAUCCCACAGGCUUCCUGGGAGCCCUUGCGUCUGCUCUUUUUACAGCCUAUGCUGUGAAUGGCAAGCCUCCCCAGCAGUGGGGAAAAGGACUGAUGGAGGUGCUACCGGAAGCUAAAAAGUACAUUGUCCAAUCAGGCUACUUCGUGGAGCAGAAUCUGCAACACUGGUCUUACUUCCAAGACCAAUGGAAAAAGUACCUAAAACUCAGAGGGAUUUGGGAUGGCAGAUCAGCCCCUACCUUCCCCAAGCCCUUUGAUGUGAAGGAGAGGGAUGAGUUCUACACCUCCGUGAGCUACUCUGGCUGGGGCGGCAGCAGUGGACACGAUGCCCCCAUGAUUGCCUACGAUGCCAUCCUGGCUGCAGGAGACUCCUGGGAGGAGCUUGCCCACCGAGCCUUUUUCCACGGUGGAGACAGUGAUUCUACAGCUGCCAUUGCUGGCUGUUGGUGGGGAGUGAUGUAUGGUUUUAAAGGAGUGAGUCCCUCCAACUAUGAGAAGCUAGAAUACAGAAACCGGCUGGAAGAGAUAGCUAGGGCUUUGUAUUCUCUUAGGUCAAAGGAAGAUACCGUAAUUACCCUUUAGGGAGAAGUGACAUUCAUUUCUGGUGGUUUCUCCUCUUGUGUAGUCCCUUUUCUGCUCGGUUUCACUUUUUUCAAAGUGAAGAGUCUUAACCUUGUACUCAGGGAAUUUUGAGAUAACAGUCCCUUGGGCACCUGAAGGUCAGUCUUUCCAAACUUAUCCUGUCCUCGCCCCCCCACCCCAAAUCUACCCCUCUUCCUAUCCUGAAGAGUCUUUAUCUCAGUUGAUGGCAUCAGCGUCUCCCAAAUUAGAAAUCUCAUAGCCUCAUAUUGAGUCCUCAUUUUUACCAUCUAAUCUUUCACUAAGUUUUUUUCUGUUUGUUUUAGGGUAGGUUCCCCAAAGUGGACUCUGAGACAAGGAUUUGAGUGCAAGUAGUUUAUUUGGGGGGUGAUUCCAGGAAGCAGUGCUAGGAGAAUGGGGAAGUGAGACAGGGAAGGGAGGGGAGCCAGGACAAGGUGCGUUAAUGAGCACGUUACCAAUGUGGGCAGCUGGGACUCGGUCUGUCUGGGUCCUCUGCGUAAGGCACUCAGAGUUGUCCCACCGACUUCUAUCUGAUGUUGGUGGAGGACCACUCCCAGGCGUGCUAACUCCCUGGUGCUUCCGGGCCUGCCUCUUGUGCAAGCCAAACAUGAGUGUCCUCAGGUAGUCUCAGAGAUGUUUGCAGUGGCAAGCUGUAUGGCGCAUGGGAACAGUGAGGGGUAUAUGUGGGGUCCCAGUAGCAUCAGCUGGUUGGUUCUACCUUCUGAAUAUCCUUCAAAUCUGUCAUUCUUUUACCUUUUUGCACCAAGUAUGUUUCAGCUGGAUUUCUGCAAUCCAGGCUACUCAGGUCUGAGGAGAUGCUGCUCCUAGCUGUGCCCUCUAAUUUCCUGGGCAUGGCACUUGACAUGGUGCCAGUUUGUUGUUGCCUAUUUGCUUGCCUUUAUUCUCCUCUAGACAGAACCUAGCAUGGUGCCUGGGCACACAGGAGAUACUUAAUCAGUAUAUAUUAAAUGAAUGUUGUUUAUUAGCCUGCUAUCUGGGGCCUCUAAUUCCAGUACUGCCUUCCUCAUCGCCCUCCAGAGUGAUCUUUACAAAUAACAAAUUGAUCAUGCUGCACUUCUAAUCAUGUGUAAUGAAUACUCACCCCCUUUCUUCAUUUCUUGGUGCUCUUCCCUCUCCUCUUUCACUUUCAAGCCCCAGCUCAGGUAGCAUCUCGUAGAUGAAACCUACUCUGACUGUUCAGGCUCUUGGCUCUCUCUCCUCACUACGCCCAAAGCCUUCUGUCUCUAGCCCUCUCACCACAUUGAUCCUGUUGUGUGGUGAUUGUGUGUCUUCUGGGGACGAUCUCAGGCUACUUGUGAGGGCUUGUGUCUUAUUCUUUUUGUCGCCUCCCCGUCUGGCCCAUUAGAGAUAUUCAGUAUUUACUUUGGAAGUUCAUCAAUUUGUGUUCAUGUGAAUGCUUUCAAUAUGCAGUGCCUCAUCUGUUUCAGAUGCCCUCUACUUCAUGAUUGUCAAGAGUGACCUGUGCCGGCCUGAAAGAGAUAGAGGGUUUGAUGCUUUAACCAGGCCUGUGUGCUGACUUAAAUGAGACAAAGCUCUCAACUCUGUAUUUGAAGCAGGACUCCAGCAAAGGCAUGAGAUUUAUCAUUCUUUUAUACAUAAAGAGAGAAGAAAAUUCCAAAACUCUUUUUUCUGGUUCAAAAAACUCUGAUGUGAGCUGGGACGAAGUGAGAGAAUGGCGUGGACUUAUACAUACUACCAAAUGUAAAAUAGAUAGCUAGUGGGAAGCAGCCGCAUAUCACAGGGAGAUCAGCUCCGUGCUUUGUGACCAC